GCCGUGGGCUGCGGCGCUCCGCUAUGGCGGCUGCUGGGGCACGCUGGAACCAUGUGUGGGUGGGCACCGAGACCGGGAUCCUGAAAGGGGUGAACCUUCAGCGCAAACAGGCGGCGAACUUCACGGCGGCAGAACAGCCGCGGCGCGAGGAGGCGGUGAGCGCCCUGUGCUGGGGCGCGGGCGGCGAGACUCAGAUCCUGGUGGGUUGCGCCGACAGAACGGUGAGGUACUUCAGCACCGAGGAGGGCCGAUUCCAGGGCCAGAAGCACUGCCCUGGCGGGGAGGGCACGUUCCGAGGUCUCGCCCAGGUCGACGGCACCCUUAUCACAUGUGUGGAAUCUGGGAUUAUCCACGUCUGGCACAACAAUGACAAAGAGGCAUCCUUUGACCCAGUAAGGCUCCCCUGCCUUGCUGGUGAUGGUUGGGGAAGAUGGGUUCAGCUCCUGGAACUGAGUGUGGGUCCUGGGGUGUGUAGGAUGCGCCAAGACCCGGCACACCCCCACAUGGUUGCCACGGGUGGGAAAGAGAAUGCUUUGAAGGUGUGGGACCUACAGGGGUCUGAGGAGCCUGUGUUCAGGGCCAAGAAUGUACGGAAUGACUGGCUUGACCUGCGGGUUCCCAUCUGGGAUCAGGACAUACAGUUCCUCCCUGGGUCUCAGAAGCUUGUCACCUGCACAGGGUACCACCAGAUCCGUGUCUAUGAUCCAGCCUCCCCCCAGCGCCGGCCAGUCCUGGAGGCCACCUAUGGAGAGUACCCGCUUACAGCCAUGACCCUCACUCCUGGAGCCAAUUCAGUGAUCGUGGGGAACACUCACGGGCAGCUGGCAGAGAUUGACCUUCGGCAAGGGCGCCUCCUGGGCUGUCUGAAGGGGCUGGCAGGCAGUGUCCGAGGAUUACAGUGCCACCCUUCAAAGCCCCUACUAGCCUCCUGUGGCUUGGACAGAGUCUUGAGGGUACACAGGAUCCGGAAUCCACGGGGCCUGGAGCAUAAGGUUUAUCUCAAGUCUCAACUGAACUGCCUUCUCUUGUCAGGCAGUGAUAACUGGGAGGAUGAGCCCCAAGAGCCCCAAGAGGCCAAAAAGGCGCUCCCAGAAGACACAGAGACAGAUGAACUUUGGGCCUCCUUGGAGGCAGCUGCCAAGCGGAAGCUCCCUGAUUUGGAGCCGACCCAAGGGGCUCUCCAAACUAGACGGAGAAAAAAGAAGCGGCCUGGGUCCACCAGCCCCUGAAGAGCCUGUGCUCACUUGGUAAAUAAACAUCUCAGCACCCA